CAUGUUGUCGUCUGGGCGAUCAUCGAUCGUGGCUCUACCCGACGUCGUGGGAAACUACUUACUCUCGUUUAAUGCAGGAACCAAUGUCCUCAGAAUCAUAUGUAUUUCCUAACUCCUUGGGCUUGGCGUACUGAUGCAGUCUGCCAUAAAAACCCUGUCAUUGAUCACAUUGAUGCGGCCCUACGUCCACCUCGUUCGCCUUACGCGUCUCCUUGAAUAAUUAUGACCCUGGUCUCAAACGAUCCUACUUGGUGGCCGACGAUCCAUUCAAAUCGUGUAGCCAGCUAUUUUAUGGUUGCCGGUUCUGUUGGAGUGAUAUACGAUUUGGUGCUGACGUUUGGACAAGAGGUCGAACUGGUUUGGAUGCAACCCUGGUCGCUGAUGUCCAUUCUGUAUCUCAGUGUGCGAUACCUUGGAAUAGUAUAUGCUAUCAUCCAGAUUCUUGACAGUGUUCCGACGAUCUCGAUCACAGAUACAGUGAGCCACAUUAUGUAUAAUGCAAUUAUUUGGAUGACUCUGGCCGUAAAUGUAAUGCUGGGUGUCAUUACUUUGACUCGGUUAUAUGCCAUGUAUCAGCGAUCCAGAAAGAUGCUGAUAUUUCUCGUGGUCACCCUCCUGGCUGUUAAUAUCGCUAACGCAGUCUUCCUCGCAGUUGGAAUGAGACGUGCCUCAGAGGAGGAGCUUAUUCUCUUCGGCACCUAUCAGUGCACUGUUAGCUACGAGGGAGAUGUCCAAAUUUUGAAGUCCAUGCCUUGGGUACUCACUACUGCAUGGGAAAUCCUUGCACUGUGUCUCGCAGGCUGGAUUGCUGUACACCACUUCAGUGAUCUUCAGCGACACUCAGCAGGAGGGAUUAUUGGCGAUUUCAUCACAGUGCUAAUGAAAACGCACGUGGCUUAUUUUUCGAGCUUUGUUGUUGUUUCUUUCUUCUGGCUCGGUGAGGUUUCUCCGACGUUCACAACGGACUUCUUUUCCCUGAAAACUGAGAUUUAUCGUGGGUUCCUUCAAAUCAUCUUGGUCAUGCAGUUGUUUGUGGCGGGACCGCGCCUGAUCCUUAGCGUUCGACGUUAUCGCGCUGAGCUCAUGGCCUGCUCUAAUACAGCAACGGAAAUGGUUUCAAUUGCUCUGCAGGAGCGCGGGCAUAUGUCAACUACCAGUAGUAUAUAGCCUGAGCACGAGAAACGUUCGAUGCGAUUAGCACAUGUCGGGUUCCUCUGCACGUUAUAUAUGCGAGAAAUAUCUAACACCCAUAUCCUC